AUGAGGAUCCAGGGGCACUUUGUGUUGGGUCUGCUCGGCGCGCUCUCCGUGGCCAUAUGCGGCGGUCAGGCAAAAGCUCUGACCGAUCAAAAGGCUGCCGAGUCGCAGGUAAGCAGCAAGGAUGUGGCGCAGAAGCGCAUCGAUCUCGGGUUCAGCGAGCACGAGAUACACGAGCAUCACAUUCAUGAGCACGAACAUCACGAGCACCACGAACAUCACGACCCGGGCUUCUGGAAGAAAAAAGUUACGUGGAAGCUGGGCUAUAAGAAGAUAUGGAAGCCGGCCAAGAAACAAAUUUGGAAUCCCUCAUGGAAAAAGUUUUACAAACCGGUUUGGAAGGAGAUUAAAGUGCCGGCCUGGAAAGACAUUCAAGUACCAGCUUGGAAGCAAAUUUGGGUGCCCCAUUGGGUAGAAAUACAAGUGCCAGCCUGGAAAGAGAUACAAGUGCCCGAUUGGAAGCAAAUCUGGACACCUGAGCUCGUCAAAGUAGGCAUACCUGGGGAGAAAUACCUGGGCAAGGAUCACGAGGGCUGGGAAUAUACUAGUCAUGAUCUGUGGAAGAAGAAGGUUGUGUGGAAGUCUCAUUGGAAGAAAAUCUGGAAGCCGGCUAAGAAACAGAUCUGGGUUCCCAGUAAGAAACUGGAGUGGAAGGAAGCAUGGAAGCAAUACUGGAAACCAGCUAAAAAGCAAAUAUGGGUUGAUGACAAGAAACUGGAGUGGAAGGAGGGCUACAAACAAAUCUGGGUGCCCGGCUGGAAGGAGAUUUGGGUGCCUGGCUGGAAGCAAAUCUGGAAACCAGUUGUCAUUUCCGAAUGGUUCCCCUCGCCGGACCAUCACGAUCACCACCAUCACGAACAUCACGACGUCGAGUUGGGCUGGGACCGCAAGGAUGAGGCGGCCAAAGGAAAGGACAAGGUGGUAUGGAAACGUGAGGAUAAGAGCGCAGCAACGGGCAACUUGACGCCCAAUAAGCCAACACUGCUACAACCAGUUGCCAGUGCCGAUUUCCAGGCCAAGACGCUAGAGGCGGCCAAAUCGUCGGCUGCGAACACAGCGCAAUCUUUUAAAUUUCCUGGUGCGUAG